UCAACUGAAGGUGGAGAAACAGAUAUCUUACCUAUCUAAACCUAAACCAAUAAACUGUGAAUCAAUUCGCAAAACAUGCAGAUUAUUAUAUUCCCUUCUCUUCAGACUCCAUAUCUUGCUUUUAAUCGAUUGCAUGCCCUUCUUGUUCUUGAGACAGUAGUUUGAAUCUCUGCUUGUUUUAAUUUUGUUUCUGCUAAAUGGGAGAGCUUUGGGUUUUGUUCUUCAUACUCCAAAUAUCGGCGUUAAUUCUCAUGGUUCGUUGUUCAUCGCUGAGCGGUCUCAGAGUAGAGCUCACUCACGUCGACUCCGAUGGAAAUUUCUCCAAAUUUGAGCUGCUCCGGCGAGCUGCGAUGCGCAGCAGUCAUAGGGUCGCGAGGCUGACCUCCGGCCACAGCGCCGCGGAGGUGAAAGCCGCCGCACCUGGCAGCAGUAGUCAAGUCGAAGCUCCGGUUCACCCCGGCAACGGCGAGUUCCUCAUGGAUCUCGCCAUCGGCACGCCCAGCCUCGCCUACUCCGCCAUCCUCGACACCGGCAGCGACCUUAUCUGGACGCAGUGCAAGCCCUGCCUCGAGUGCUUCUCCCAGCCCACAGCCGUCUUCGACCCCUCGAACUCUUCCACCUACAAGAAGCUCCCCUGCUCGGGCGACCUCUGCCAGGCCCUGCCCACCUCCCGGUGCGCGACCUCCGCCUGCGAGUACCUGUACACCUACGGCGACUCCUCGUCGACGCAAGGCGUGCUCGCGAGCGAGACCUUUGGGUUCGGGGGCGGCGCGAACGCGACGGCAGUGCCCGGCGUCGCGUUCGGCUGCGGCGACACCAAUCAGGGGAGCGGCUUCACGCAGGCCGGAGGGAUCGUGGGGCUCGGCCGCGGGCCGCUCUCGUUGAUAUCUCAGCUGGGAUUGGGCAAGUUCUCCUACUGCCUCACCUCCUUCAACCAAUCCAAGAAGAGUCCCCUGCUCUUCGGCUCCCUGGCCGACCUCAGCGCCGGAGAAGCGGCGACGGCUGUGCAAACGAUUCCGUUGCUGAAGAACCCGCAGCAGCCAUCCUUCUACUACCUCCCCCUCAAAGGCAUCACCGUCGGCGGGACCCGCCUCCAAAUCCCAAGCUCCGCCUUCGCCCUCCAAGACGACGGCACCGGCGGCGUGAUCAUCGACUCCGGCACGUCGAUCACGUACUUGGUGGCGGCGGGGUACCGGCAAGUGAAGCGGGCGUUCCUGAACCAGGUGCAGCUACCGGUGGCCGACGGAUCCGACGUGGGACUCGACGUUUGUUUCUCGCUGCCGGCAGAAUCGUCGUCGGUGGAGGUGCCGAAGCUGACGUUCAAUUUCGACGGCGCCGAUCUGGAUUUGCCGGCGGAGAACUACAUAAUAGCGGAUUCGAGCACGGGGUUGCUGUGCUUGACCAUCAUGGGAUCGAGGGGCUUGUCGAUCAUUGGCAACUUCCAGCAGCAGAACCUGCAUGUUCUCUACGAUCUGAAGGAGGAGGCGCUUUCUUUCGUCUCGGCGCAGUGCGAUACGCUGUGAUUUGAUAAUUAUGUGGAAUUAUUGCAUAUUAUAUCUUAUCAGUGAUCAUAUUCUUGCUUACUGACGUUAAUUCACCAUCAUUUUCUCGUAAUCUUUGUGAUCGUUGCUUCUCUUCUUUCUUCUAGUUUGAUUGCAAUCUACAAAUUUUGGAUCAAUUAUGAUCCGUCAAAGUUUAUGAUGAU